GUUACAACACCCAUGUCAGUCUCUAUCAACGCAAUUUGUUGAACAUUUUUGAGUGCAUAUGUGCCACUGUUCCGGUCUGCUGAAGGUGUUGGUGUCUUUCUGUCCUGUUCUGAGCAGCCAUGGGAAACCAUUUAUCCAUCGUUGACUGCAGCAAAAUGCCAUUGGGAGAGGAUGGACACUCUUGGAAAAAGAAAACCUCAAACAUCAAGGAAAUCUAUGACUUCAAAGAGGUUUUGGGAACCGGGGCUUUCUCCGAGGUGAUGCUCGCGGAGGAAAAGAGAACGAGGAAACUCGUGGCGAUAAAGUGCAUCCCGAAAAAAGCUCUGGAAGGGAAGGAGAACAGCAUCGAAAAUGAGAUCGCCGUGCUUCACAAGAUUAAACAUGCCAACAUAGUUACCCUGGAGGACAUAUUUGAGAGUAAAUCACAUCUCUACCUUGUCAUGCAACUGGUGUCCGGCGGUGAACUCUUUGACAGGAUUGUGGAAAAAGGAUUUUACACUGAGAAAGACGCCAGCAAGCUCAUUCAGCAGAUCUUGGAUGCUGUGAAAUACCUGCAUGACAUGGGCAUCGUGCACAGAGACCUGAAGCCAGAGAACCUGCUGUACUACAGUAUGGAUGAAGACUCAAAAAUCAUGAUCAGUGAUUUCGGCCUCUCAAAGAUCGAGGGUUCGGGCAGUGUUAUGAGUACAGCGUGUGGUACACCUGGAUACGUAGCUCCUGAAGUUCUUGCACAGAAGCCGUACAGUAAAGCUGUGGACUGCUGGUCGAUCGGGGUCAUCGCGUACAUCCUAUUAUGUGGAUAUCCACCAUUUUAUGAUGAGAAUGAUGCCAAGCUCUUUGAGCAGAUUCUGAAGGCAGAGUAUGAGUUUGAUUCGCCAUACUGGGAUGAUAUCUCUGAUUCAGCCAAAGACUUCAUUGUGCAUUUAAUGGAGAAAGAUCCCAGUCUGCGUUAUACAUGUGAACAGGCUCUCCAGCACCCAUGGAUUGCUGGAGACACAGCGUUGGACAAGAACAUUCAUGAGUCUGUCAGCGCGCAGAUCAAGAAGAACUUUGCCAAAAGCAAGUGGAAGCAAGCAUUUAAUGCGACAGCAGUAGUUCGUCACAUGCGCAGGCUGCAGUUGGGAACCAGUCAGGAGGGUCAGACGCAGUCCACUCUGCCCAGCCCCUGUCAUGGGCACCUGCUGCUGCCCGAAGGAGACGAGGAAGAGAGCUCCCUCAGGAGUGAAAACAACGGCUGUUCUGAGUGCGUCAGCGAUGGGAACGACAUUAAGAACUGCACCUACCACGUCCAUCCCACUAGUCGGGUCUGAAUGUCAAUCAUCCUGCAGUAACAAAUGACUGACUGUCCUGUUUUUACACUGGAGUCCUGCCACACCCCCAGUCUGGCCAGGAAUACUGAGUAGCUCCAGCAUUCUGCCACUAGGAGGCGCUGCAGUGUAAAGAACCCAGGUGGGAAUGGGGUCACUACUAUUCCAAUAGAGGGAUUCUGUUUAAUGAGAGGAGAGGUCAACAAAGAAAUGAGACAAGAAGAUUGCUACUGGUGCAUCAUGGGUUGUAUAUGCGGGAGUUGGAUAGAGAUUGGACAGUGUUUUAAAACUCGUUUCGUUCUUUUACCUCCUAAACUAAAUCUGUCUCCUAAACUUAUUUCAGUUUAAUUUCUAAACUGACAGCAUUUUACAAAAUUCCAAUAUGUUGAAGAUAAAUUGGGCUACAGAAACAUACUAGGUUUUACAAUUAUGAAAUUGAACAUUACUGCAUUGUCACAUCUCAGGCGCUAAUUUACAUUUUGUUUAUUGUAUGUUUAUUUCGCUACAGUACGUUUCAGCAUCUUUCUCACAUCACAUGCUUUCGGUGCCUUCGUGGAUUCAGUAUCAUCUCUUACUUUUUUAUUUGUCUCAUCAGUUGGACAUGUUAAAAGCAGUAUACAUUAAAACACUGGUUUACCAUCAUGUACACCUGUACCAAGCUAUGCACUGUUUGUGGGCGCUUUGUAAAUUGUCUUGUGCUGCCAUCCUUGUAAAUACUGCACAGCUUUUAUUUUAUCUUCAUGUUUUUUAACCCCUUUUAUUACAUUAACCUUAAAAAUACUCAGGGGAGGAAUACAAUUAGAGAAUUUUAAUAUUUAAACAUAAUGAAUCUACAGUACACGCCACUACACGACUAUGGUCCAGAUUAUAGAUUAGGACUUUUGGAUCUGUAUUAAAGUGACCUACAUUAAAGGAUGCGAAUGUGUGACAUGACUUAAGUUUCAUGGUUUUGUUUGUUUCCAUUUACUGGAAGACAAAAAAUUUGAGACGGGAAAUAAUAAGAACCUCCAGGUGUUUGGGAAGAGGCUUUUAUUUCACAUGCGUGUUGUUAUAAUGCAUUAGAUAGCCUAUGAAAAUGUAUCAAGACUCUCGAUUGUUUUUCAUCUUUAAUUUUAACAUAAAUAUGGAUGAUUAAUUUGUUGAUUAUUAAAUACAAAAUAAAAUGCUUACUGGAUUUGCACAAGUUAAUGCAAACUCAAAUCUCAGUCUUUUCUAUUUUAGAUUUUUUGAAUAUGACAGUUUAAUACAACAUUCAUUAACAUACAUGUAGUUCAGAAAGGCAUGUGCAGAUUGAACUCUUUAUUCUGAGACAGACUGGGUCUUGAAAACACAGCGAUCUUUAUACUAUGACACAGGUACAAAACUAAAUUGGAUAUAAAAAACAUUUCCAAUAAAAAAUACAUUUCUUUUUAUCUUGCUUGAUAUCUGUUUUUAAACAAUGAUGUGGUGGACACUAAUAUUGAAAGAAUAAAAAAAAAAAUCAAAUUAAAUGUGGCUAUGCCUGUAGUGUUGCUUGUACUUGACUUUCUGUAUUGAUCAAGAUGCCAUUGUGGGUUCACGGGUCAGAGAAUAAAACCAAUUUAUUGGAUGAAUUGUUUCUGAGGUAGCCUUAAAAAAACAAAAGAAAUAAUCCACUGCACAGCAAUGCAAAGAUGGCCAUGUGUACUUUAUUGUGUUAUAAAGUGAUAAUGUAUGCUGAUUCUAGUUGUGACGCAGUUAUAAAAAGGACCUUCUGUUCAUUUGUUGGUACAGACAAAACAUAACAAUAUCUAUUUUUUCUGAUAUAAAGUGCUCCCGACGCUCACAACUGAAUCAUUAUAAAAAAAACUAUUUACUAUUGUUCAUGGGUGAAAGUGGAAGCACCUUUCAAUGAAUACUGUAUGUUGCUGUAUGUAUCUAAGCAUGGUGUGAUUUAUGUAUAUAUACAGUAUAGGAAGAUUAUUGUAAAUACACAGAUAUACGCUAUUGUCAAAUGUAAAAUACUUGUUGUUAUAUUUCUGUUCAUGCAAAUCCCUAUCAGUCAUAACCUAAGUUUCUCCACUAAAAUGGAUCAAGAUUAAAAUGGUUAAAGUCAUCCAGGUAUUCAUGCACAGUAUGUACUGGAGAAACUGGUGUGUUAUUGAAAAAGUAGUUAUUGUUCCCCCUUACAUUGGCAAAGGGCAUAGCUACCUCUUAAUCCGAUAAACGAUUGCUAAAAAGUUAUGGUUUGCAUUUUUUUUGUUGGGUUUUUCUUUUCUUUUUUAGGUUUGGGAAUAACAUUUACUAACGUAAAGCAACUCAGGACUGCAACUAUAUUGGAUUUAGAUGUUAUAUACAAACAAAAGUGCCCUACUUAAGUACAUCUGCAAACCCGAACAGUAUCAUUGGCCUUAGUAAUAUUCAAUAUGCAAAAUGAUUUUAAAGGGCUUGACUGCUUAAAACCAUUGUCUUGCCAAUUUUAGCCUAUUAGUCUUACAGCAAAAUGUAGAUAUAAGGAGCUCAGAUGCAAAAGCCGCUAGACCCCACCUCCAUCAGAAAUGAGAUCAUGAUAUUAAAUGAAUCCUCUUAGCACGUAUUCAAAAUACUUUCACUUCAAAUCUGUUUAAUCCCAAGCUCAGGCCAUUCAGAAAUAUUGAAUUAAUUGGCAGAAUCCAUUGAAAAGCUUAUUUAUAAGAAAACAUGUCAGAUGCACAUAUAGUACAGUACAGUAGUGUGUUUUGCAUCUAAGCUCUUCAUGUCUUCUAAGCAUUAUGUUCAUCUAAAAACACAAUUUCUAAGCCAAAAUUUUACUUUAAAUUUCGCUUUCUAAAAAUGUUAAAAUUGUAUUUCAGGGUUGUCUUUGUUGACAGUAUGUUGUAUAUGUAUAAGCAUAGAAAUAUACAUACUGUGUUUAGCCUUUUUGUAAGACUUGUAUAAGCUGUUUUGAGCCUUUACUUGUAUGGAUGCAAUGCAUCAUAGGUAUUUACUGGAUAUUAUUCGUAAUGAAGUACUGCUCGAUAUUGACGCCAAUGAUUUGUACUUUUAAAACAUUUGUAACUGUAAAGUGCAUUAAACUUUCCUUGUCUAUG